AUGUCCCACUUCGAUCUGGGGCAGCCCAUCGGCGGCGGCGGACACAGCUCUGGCUCGUCCUCCUCCGAGCUUCACUCCGCGCCAGUGCUCGUCGAAGCUGCAGAGGCAAAACCAUUACCUCCCCCGCCUUCACAACCUGUCCCUGUUGCGCACCCUGUCCCAGCCCAGGUCCCGCAGCAACAAUAUCAGCAAGCCCCACCAGUCCAGCAGACGCCAUACCAGCAGCCACAGCACCCAGACGUAAUCUCCGACUCGCACCCGUCCACAGCGGACAACUCGGGCGGUGCCCACCCCGCCACAUCCACUAUCGACCCUAAUGUCCCUUCCUCCAUGUCUGCGCCAACGGCUCUGCCUACCGGACCUGACACGAACCCAUCGGAGCAGAAGGAAGCGAUGAAGAAAACUGGCCCGAAAGCCGCUGCUCGGGAGGUGGAGAAGACAAAAGGAGCCGAGAGGGAGAUCAAAGGGGAGCCGGUGGGCGGGACAAUUGUUAAGGGCGUGGAGGAUGAUAGGCUGUACGCCAUGCUGAGGCGCUUCGACGUCGAUAUCACGCAUGUCCUCCACCCAGCUUCCAAACUCCCCUCCACCGAGCCUGACCUGCGUAUCUCCCUCCUACCCAACCUUCCCUCUCACUCCGAAGUCAUCAAAUCCAACCUCGAGCGCCUCAUCGCCGCCGUCGGACCCUCCUCCGUCCGUGGCGCGCGCGAGAUGGGCCGUCUCAUGUCGUGGUCGCCAGAAGAACGCGCCCGGACAGCCAGCUAUGCGCUCUCUUACUUUAUCUGCUGGGCUUUCGGGUAUGCCGUGGUGGGCGUGUUUGUCUUUGGGGCGGUGGUCAUGUGUUUCCCUAUGACAAGGAGGAUGCUAUUCCCGCCGAUCCCGCCGGCGCCGUAUACCCCUCCGAGCGCGACCGACCCGACUAACCAGAAAGGAGACGAGAGUCUUCUCGGGACGACGGAUAGUGCCGCGGCGCACAGGAGUAAGGCGGAACAGGCGGAAGAGCAGGCGUUUGAGGCGAGGUCGAUCUUGCAAGCGUUCACUACUCGUUUGGUCUUUGAUGGCUCCAAGAAAGGCCGGAAUGCGGGCAAUGCCCAAGUCGGCGAAAAAGUCCUUGACACCUCCGACUCGGAAUCGGACGACGCAGACGACUCGGACGUCCUCGCUCCCGCUGGGAACGCCGACGGGUCCAAGCCGCACGGGCAAGGCGAAGAGAGCGCGGAUAUCGUCAUUGGCGGCGAGAAGAUCAAGCAUGAUUCCAAAAAGACGGAAAAGCAAAAGAAGAAGGCUGCGCAGGCGGCGGCCAAGAAGAAGAGGGAUGAGCUCGUCAGUAAGAUGACGAAGGGGACUCAGGAUGGAUUGGGGGCUGCGGCGGAUAUGAUUGAAAGGUUGACCAACGCACUCUCUCCUCCGACGUGCUAUCCCGACCGCCUGGCCCGCUUCAAAAUGGCCGGCGCGUUCCUCAUCCCCCCUGCGCUCCUCUUCCACUUUGUUCCCGCAUGGGUCUUUGGGCGCGCCGCCACUUUCCUGUUUGGUGUCGGCAUGUUUGCGCAGCCGGUAUUGAUCAGAGUGGGCAAGGAGGUGGUUGCCAGAUUACCGCCCAACUGGCAGGAACUGGUGGAUAUUCGGAACUCGAUCUUGUCAGGCGUACCUACCGAUGCUCAGCUCACGCUGCACCUCCUACGAGUUGCCGAAUCGCUCGACAAUCCUCUUCCUCGAGCCCCUGCCGCGCCUCUUGAAGGAUCGCCCAAGGAGGCCAUCAAAGACACCUCCCCCGAAAAAGUCACCGAAGACGACGACGCCGAGAUUGAACAAGCUAUCAACGAAGGCUCGAAAGCCGAGGAGAUCAUGGUCAAGGCCAAAGUCAAGACCAAGUCGCAUGUCCUCGGGGCGUUCAAGGGGAUCGGGAAGAAGAUGGCGGGGUUCAGGGGUGAUGUUGCUGUGGAUGGGGAGCAGAAGGUCGUGAGUUCCUCUCUUCGUUGCAAUCGUAUCGGUGCCAAGAUUGACAAGACCGUCUUCCAGGGCGGUGCGGAAGAUACCGGCGAGAUCGACUCCUUCCCCGCCAAGCUCAACGGCACGUCCGGGUACAUCAUCCUCGAGAGCCGGAAUGAUAUCCUGCCGGCGCCGCAGGUCAGCUUCGUCGCUGCGAGUGGGACUGGGAAGGAGCACUUUGUUUGGCCGAUUGAUGAUAUCGUGGAAAUUAAGAAGAGCCACGUCACCGCCACCCGCCUCGCCCUCGGUUGGGUCUCAGGCGCCGAAAUCGAAGGACUCGGCCUCACUAUCCGCUUCAAAACUCGGAAACAGCUCAUCAUUGAUCAGAACAAGACGUCUGCGGAGGGCAGGCUGGAUGGGACGACAUUCGAGUUCACGAAGGUGGCGAGGAGGGAGCAGCUGUUUGUCCGGUUGGUGAGUAUGGGCGCGCAGCGGUGGGAGGUGUUGUAA